UAUAUUGGUUUUAUGUUUUUUUCCUGUUUGUUGUUGCUGCUAUUGCUUCUUUCCGUACGAUCGAUACGACCGAUUGAAAAGCAUAGCAUAGCGCAUAAAACAUGCAAACCAGAGGAAGAAAGAGAGAGAGAUAGCGAGAACGAUGCGGGAACGCAUCGAAUGGGAUAGCAUAUAAGCGUGGCGUGGUAGCAGCAACAGCUUCGAUACUGCCAUGACGCAGCGCUGCUUACGGAUCUUCACGCAAAGUGCACACGCAAACAUACGUACGCCCGUGUACGCGUGUGACGGACAUACUUGACAGCUCGCUGACGGCGAACACUUUUAGUUUACAUUUGGGGCAAACCACGACUACGGCAUGUUGAACAUGGCUGCGUAAACCAACUGACCCGACGGGAGGACAAAUCUGCAUCUUGGUUUUGUGGCGGUGCGUGCCACCGUCAGCGCCGAUGCUGCUUGCCAUUAAAGCUGCUCACAACGUUACAUUAGAUGGAACAGUAAACGUUUGACACAAUGACACCCGCACAAAAGAACGCCUACCUGGAAGCUCACAUGGCCGUACAGCAGCAAAUGGCCCAAGCUGCUUUGCAGCUUCAGCAUCAGCAUCACCAGCAGCAACUGCAACAGCAGCACCUUCAACAACAACAACAGCAGCAACAACAACAACAACAACAACAGCAGCAGCAGCAACAACAACAGCAACAACAACAACACAGUCAAAGUUAUUCGCGUGCUGUAAAGAAAACAAAAACCAGCCACGAUGGUCAUUCGUUCAUGCAACAGGGACAGCUAGCACAUCAAUCUCAGCAGCAGCAGCAGCAGCAACAACAACAGCAGCAACAGCCCGGCAGCACACCCUCCGCCCUCCCGAAUACGAACGUCAGCCACUACGCAAGCACGAUAAAGGUGCCGCAAAUCAAUGCCGGUACGCACGGUAGUGCGGCAAACGCAGGCAAUGACACUGUUGCUUCUGCUGCAUCCGUCACCAGUACCACCACCGGCGCUAGUGCCGCGGUCACCACAGCGACCGGUAACGGGGGUGGUAGUGGGGGCGGUUGCAGCAGCAGCAGCAGCGGCAGCAGCACCUUCACCGUGCCGGAUGACGUCGGGAUGGGAUUUGAAGGUGGAGUACGCGUUCUGCAAAGUUUGGGGAAUUGGUCACCGGAGAUACCGCCCAACAUACCGCGGCCGAACCUGAUACCGUUCACCGAACCGUACGCGGAAGGUGGUUCGAUGCAUCCGGCCACCCGGCUGAAAGCGCUGCAGCAGGUGCAGCAAUCGUCUGCUGCAGCGGUCGCUGCCGUUGCAGCAGCAGCGGCCGCCGCCACCUCCGGUGCCUCACGCUCGAAGACGACACCGGCCAAAGGGAAACCGGCGGUGUCGCCGGCGGAUCCGUCCGCACCACCGAAACCCGUGUUCGAGUGUACCGUGUGCGGGAAAGGGUUAGCCCGGAAGGAUAAGCUAACCAUCCAUAUGCGCAUUCACACCGGCGAGAAGCCAUACGUCUGCGAGGUGUGCGAUCGGGCGUUCGCGCGCCGCGACAAGCUGGUGAUACACAUGAACAAGUUCAAACACGUUACGCCGACGAACAUUGCACCACUCGGAAAGCGCCAGAAUCGGUCUCUCACGAUAGCGGAAAAAGAAGAGUUCAAAACGGAAGACAAUAAGCCGCCAAUGCUGGUCGAUCAUCAGGCGCUAGCGACACAAACGUUAACAACCGUCGUGAACAACAUUGCCGCACAACACCAACAACAUCAGCAGCAACAGCAGCAGCACCAGUUGAAUACUCAACUAUCCCAUCAACAGCAGCAGCAAGUUCCUUCCAACCAGCAUUCGCAGUCCGCUGCAUCGUCCGAAGGAACGCAGCUGGGCAGUAUCGGCGUACAGCAAUCGCAUCAUACACUAUCCUGGCCCUGCGAACUGUGCGGUCGGAUGUUUGGCACCCGGGAAGAGUGGACACUGCACGCGAAAAGCCAUCUGGAGGUAAUCGUCCCACAACUACCAUGCAACCGACCACCGGGAACGUAAUACCAUUUCACUGCGCGACCCACCUAACCUGGGGCGGGGAUUUUUUUUUUGUUUUUUUUUUCAUUUUUCCUGGAUGUUCCGGUCACGUCCAUAUAUUACACGUAGUAGCGGGAGUUUUAUGUUUCAAUCAUUCAUUUCUUCCUCCAAACCCUUCUGCUCCCAUCUUUCUCUCCCCCCUCCCCCCCUCCCACAUCGCUCACGAUCGCUUUCCUUCCCGGCGCAGUAUUGACAAUACGGUGAACGCCAAGCGACGGCGCUGGAGACACUGCCCUGCCUACAGCGAGCCGCCACUAAUGACGCCGGGGUAAUUUACCCAAAAGCAUUUCACGAACUGCAGCCGUCAAAAAGGGUUGCGUGCGCUACUCCACUUCCGUGCAGUGUGUGACCAAAGUGGGUGAAAAGAAUUCGCAACGUGUGCACGAAAGUGUGCUUCGGGGUUUUUUUUGCAUAGAAUGCCCUACCCAGCAAAACAGCGUCUCGUCGGGUGCUGGAUCGAAAAGACAUCGUAGAGAGGAUUAAUUAUAAACACACAAAACCACACAAUACCACACAUAUCGAGUGCAAUCCUCUCUGGAGUUCCUUCUGCUAGCUUAGCGAUUAUCCAACGAUAUUUGCAAUGAUUGAAGUGCGUCAAGCGCGCUAGCUAACGUGGACGGGCUGGCCAACUCACGGCAGGUGACUUACGCAAACUAACUAGGCCACAUUCGCAUUCUAUUUCGAAUUUUAAGAAAUAAAUGUACUAUCAUACACCAUAACCCCAACGGUGGUUAUGAAAUAAAUUGUACUAAACGCACUGGAUGUAGGAUUUUAAA